UUGGAACUUGUGGAUUCCUUGUCGGGAGCUGGUGACAAGCUUGUUAUUGUUGAUUUCUUCUGUCGUGAUUGUGCUGGUUGCAGAGCCCUGCAUCCAAAGAUAUGCCAAUUUGCUGAAAGCACUCCAGAUAUAACACUCUUUCUACAAGUUAAUAAUGAGACGCUUAAGUUCAUGUGUUAUAGCUUGAACGUCCAUGUUCUUCCCUUUUUCAGGUUCUAUAGGGGAGCAAAUGGUCGUCUCCGUAGCUUCAGCUGCACUAAUGCCACUAUAAAGAAAUUUAAGGAUGCAUUAGCUAAGCACAACACUGAGAGAUCCAGCCUUGGGCCAGCCAAGCGGUUAGAAGAGUCUGAGUUAUUGGCCUUAGCUGCAAAUAAGGAUCAUUGCUUCAACUAGACCAAGAAGGAAGAGCCUUUGCUCACUGCACCUGAAGUCAAGGAGCCAGUUUCUGCCAUUAAAGAGCUUCCAUUUUCUCUAGUUUCAAAAGCCAGGCAAGAGUCUGAAGAUAAAGCCCUGGCUGUUUCUAGGAGAUAAGAUUUAAGUUUAUUGUCGUGGCUUAAUCGGACCUUUCAUAUGUAUAUCUGUACAGGUCUUUAAUUUUUUUUCUCUUGAUGUUUAUAAAAAUUGUCCUGUGAUAAAGAGUUCCUCCAAAGUCUGUUGUAUGAGAAUGCAAGUUCAUGGUAGCUCAUUUCAGGCUACGUUGUUUUUGAUGUUUGAUAGCCUGUUUGAUUAUGAUUAGAGAGAGAGAGAGAUAGCCUGCCUCCUUGAGGUAUUUAAUUUGUAUCAG